CUCAAAUUCAGUACUACGCUGUUUGAGAGGGUCAGGCAGAACGGACAACUAAUAAACAAAAGGGACGACACUCUUCGUUAAAUCUUACAAAGCUGUUUAAAGGAGGAAGAAUGAAGUUUUCAAAAUGAAGCUGUUAUGAAUCCCACCUCAUCCUACACUCGCUGUGAUGUGUCUGCUGCUGAGCAUUACAUGGAUGACUGGCUCUUCCUCUGCCCUGACCCUGCUGAGCCACUCGGCAGAGAGGUGUGCAGGGAGGAUCAGGAGGCAGAGGACAAAAGCAAAUUCAAAUCCAAGCUGGUUUCGGCGUGGAACAGCGUCAAAUAUGGUUGGACAUUGAAGCAGAAAUCAAAAUUCAGCAAGAGCUCUCCUCUGAUCAUGUUUGGAAAGUUUUAUGAUCUCAAAGAUGAAGGGGACAAAGAGUGUUUCCGUCGCUCCUUUGCUUCUCUGCUGUGGUUGACGUACAGACGGGGCUUUCCUAAGCUGGCCGGCUGCUCUCUGACCACUGACAGCGGCUGGGGUUGUGUUCUACGGACGGGUCAGAUGCUGCUGGCACGAGGCCUGAUUUUACACUUGAUGCCACCAGAUUGGAAUUGGUCUAUGGGGACCCGGGCGGUCAAAGAUGACAUGGAUCUGGUUCGUCCUGCAGACAACGCAGAGCCGGUCUGGAAUGUAGAAGAUAGAACAAUUAUGAGAGGUCGAAAACUGAGUGUGGGCUCCAUCCUGGACAGACCCAAGGAGGCUACGCACAGAAAGGUGGUAUCUUGGUUUGCAGACAACCCCAAAGCUCCUUUUGGUAUCCACCAGCUCGUGGAGUUGGGCAGAAGCUCUGGGAAGAAGGCUGGGGACUGGUAUGGUCCAUCUAUUGUGGCACAUAUCCUACAAAAAGCUGUGUCUGUUUCACCAGACCUUUCCAGUCUAGCUGUGUAUGUCGCACAAGAUUGCACCAUCUACCUACAGGAUGUGAGGAAGCUGUGUGAACGGCCUCACCCUCAUUCCUGGAAGUCUGUUAUCAUCCUGGUUCCAGUUCGACUUGGAGGACAAGAUCUCAAUCCCUCCUACAUCACCUGCGUCAAAAAGCUGUUGAAGUUACAGUCCUGCAUUGGCAUCAUCGGUGGCAAACCAAGACACUCUUUGUUCUUCAUUGGUUUCCAGGAUGACAAUUUGCUGUACCUGGACCCUCACUACUGUCAGCCCACAGUGAACAUGACAAAGGAGAACUUUCCCUUAGAGUCGUUUCACUGUAAACAACCCAGAAAGAUGAAUUUCUCUCGCAUGGACCCCAGCUGCACCAUAGGAUUGUAUGCAAAAGGACAAAAGGAGUUUGAAUCCUUGUGCACAUCUGUUAAUGAGGCCGUCUCCACAUCUGCAGAGACAUACCCCAUGUUCAUAUUUUCAGAGGGACAAAGUCGAGAGGACGACGAACACAGCACACCAACAAACAGCAUCACCUACAUUCAGAGGAAAAGCGGACUGGAGAGGGCCGACAUCAGCAGCAGCAUGGACGAGUUUGUUCUCCUUUGAGCUGCAAAAGGAUCAGAUCCACCUCAUAUAUGUGACAUUCGUGUCCUUUAGAAGGACACCGUUUGGUUUGGUAGAACAAACUGCUCAGGUAUCAGCUACACUGUAUUUUUAUUUCCGUUUCAUGCAUAUUUGUAGUUUUAUUUAUUUCUUCAGCUGCAAAGUGAUUAAUUCCAUUCAGCUGACGGCCUUUAAGGGAUGAGGAAUGUUUAUGUUAUCUCAGUCUGUUUAAGGUCAUAAAAACAGCAGUUUAAUGUGUUAAACUUGAAUAAUAAAACAAGAAUCAGAGGAAUUGCACUCAUGAAAAACACUUAACAGGGAUAUUGUGCUCACAUUUAAUUGAAUGUAUGUCAGAUUAUAAUUAAAAAGGACAUUUCCAAGA